AUGCGGUCGCCUGACUUUGUCAGGGAAGAGACCGAGUUCACCAAGUUCUACAACAUGGUGAAGGAAUCGGAGAAGAGAAGCUUCGGAAUCGUCAUGGACAGCUUCUACGAGCUCGAGCCGGCUUACGCUGACCUUUACAGGACAAUCCUCGGGAGACGAUCCUGGCUUGUCGGCCCAUUCUCGCUGUGCAAUAAGGAGAUUGAGGACAAAGCACAGAGGGGCAACCAAGCACUUUUUGACCAGCACGAGUGCCUUAAGUGGCUUGACUCGAAGCAACCCAACUCGGUGAUCUACAUUUGCUUUGGUAGCAUCGCGAAUUUCAAUGAGGCUCAGCUCCAUGAGAUCGCUGUCGGGCUAGAAGCAUUAGGGCAACAGUUCAUCCGGGUGGUGAAGAAGGACCCUAAUGUGGAAGAAGGCAAGGAAGAGAGGUUGCCUGAUGGGUACGAAUCAAGAAUCCGAAACAAGGGUCUCAUCAUAAGGGGCUGGGCUCCUCAGGCACUGAUUCUCGAUCAUGAGGCGAUCAGGAGGUUUGUGAUGCAUUGUGGGUGGAACUCAAUCCUGGAGGCGGUCACGGCUGGCUUGCCAAUGGUGAUGUGGCCAGUCACGGCAGAGCAAUUCUACAAUAAGAAGCUCGUGACGCAAGUGUUCUGUUGGUAUUUGCGGAAGCGUGUGUUUGAUGUGUGUGCAAAGGAGUGUUUUGUGUGUGAACUAUCAAGAGAGUAA